ACCCUCGCACGCCCCCACGCCGGACCCACCCCAAUGUGACGGGCGACCUUUCCAGAGCGACGCCGCAGUUCGCUGUCCGCGAGGGAAGGGAACCCAGCCAGCAAGCCAUAGCCAUAGCCAUCUGCCUCACCAAACCACUCUCAUCAGGCCGCGUUGCCAGCCGCUCAAGCCAAGACAGCCGCCUAAUCCCCCUGGGAUCGCGGCUCGUGCUGGGCUAAUCGGGGCGCCCCAAUCAUCCCUCGCCAAGAUCUCGACAGGACUAGCCCAUGGUGAGCUGCGCCGAUUUUUUUAUUAGCUCGCCAGAUUGUGUUACGCUACUGCUAGCUUAGCUGGUAGCAGCUGCUCACCUGAUGGGACUGGGUUUCGUUUUAGUUUAGCUUAGCCUUUGAUUUGUCCUCUUCGCUUCUCUGGAUCAACCUGCCAUGCUCGUGUCGGUUGGAGUUGAUAAGGGGUGCCAUGGGUUUGAGGAGCAGGCACCAAAAGGCGUUUGGUCUCCGCUGCUAUCCAGCACGCCACCGGUCGGUAACACUGUUACUGUGGAGCCUAGCGGCGCUGGUUGUCGUCGUGAAUUUCCAUCUUCUCAUCAUUCAUAAGGAGGAGGAUGAGAGUAUGAGUACACGCGAGAUCCGUCAAUCGAUUAUGAGGGAACUGGAGGCAGUGGAGGAGGAGAAGUUCAAGUUAUCUCCUCCCCGGAGCCGGAGGAAUCCCUGGGCUGUGCGGCGCAAGGGCGAGAGGAAGCCUCCUACAAUAGUGGAUGAGUUCUUGGAUGAGUCUUCUGCAGUUCAUGAUAUGUUCUUCCCAGAACCGAACAUGGCUGUAGAUCCAAUCAAUGGUGGGAAUGACAGCAUGUACUUCUACUACCCAGGGAGAGUCUGGCUUGAUACCGAUGGCAAGCCGAUCAAAGCUCAUGGAGGAGGUGUACUGUAUGAUAAGAAGACCAAGGCAUAUUUCUGGUAUGGGGAGAAUAAGGAUGGCAAAACCUACAAAGCUCACAGCAAGGGAGCAGACCGGGUUGACAUCAUUGGAGUAAGUUGCUAUUCUUCGAAGGACCUAUGGACGUGGAAAAAUGAAGGAGUUGUCCUCCAGGGUGAGGAAAAGAAAACACACGACCUCCACAAAUCCAACGUCCUGGAGAGGCCCAAGGUGAUAUACAAUGACCGGACUGGCAAAUAUGUGAUGUGGAUGCACAUAGAUGAUGCUAACUACACUAAAGCUUCAGUUGGUGUGGCUGUCAGUGAUUCCCCAACCGGCCCGUUCACUUAUCUCUACAGCAAGCGCCCACAUGACUGCGAAAGUAGAGACAUGACCAUCUUCAAGGAUGAUGAUGGGAAGGCCUACCUGAUAUAUUCUUCUGAGGACAACAGUGAGCUCCACAUUGGUCCACUAACUGAUGACUACCUUGAUGUAGCUGAUGAGAUGCGGAGGUUUCUCAUUGCACAGCACCGAGAAGCUCCUGCGCUUUUCAAGCAUGAAGGUACCUACUAUAUGGUAACCUCUGGCUGCACAGGCUGGGCACCAAACACUGCUCUGGCUCACGCGGCAACUUCAGUGAUGGGACCUUGGGAGACACUGGGGAACCCCUGCGUGGGAGGGAAUGAGGUCUUCAGAUCAACAACAUUCUUCUCCCAGAGCACAUUCGUGUUACCAGUUCCAGGGCUACCAGGCUCAUUCAUCUUCAUGGCUGAUCGGUGGAAUCCGUCCAACCUGAGAGAUUCUCGGUACGUCUGGCUACCUCUGACGAUAGGGGGAGUCCCUGAUGAAGCUGCGGACUACAGCUUCAUGUUCCCUCUCUGGUCCCGGGUGUCCAUUUACUGGCACAAACGGUGGCGUCUCCCUGAGGGGUGGAGGGAUUCCUGAAAGUUGGAAAUUUCUUCAAAGAAUUGAAGUUCUUAUACGCUGUUACAUGGAUAGAUAUCAAAGUGUUGACAUUUGACACACUGGGCUGCGCUGUAUAGAUCAGAUGUAGAUGCAGAGUUUGUAAAUGUGCAGUUGAGUUUGAACUAAAAUCAGAUAAAAGUUUGUGGCCUUUUGGGCGAGGUGUGGUGUUGAUCCACUCGUCUUAGUUUCAGAAUAAUCUAGCUGCACCUGCAGUUCUUUUUGUA